AUGUGGCGCUUGGUUAAACGCUUUAUAGCCUCCAUAUUCCUGGCGGCCUGUGGCCCAUGUUUGGUGCUGGCCAGUAUUGGCUAUCUCACUAUUUCUAAUGAGUUCACUGCGGCAGACUCAACAUUUGCGUACGAAACGAAAACGUCGGCAUUUUUAUUGCAUCAAGAAAACGCUACCAUCCCUUCCAUAAUGAAUCAGAAGGCAGAACAUUCAUCAUUGCUACCCUCCGGGUUGCUGGCUAAUGUAACAUUCCCUUUGAAACACUCACCAGCCUCACUUCGCAAAGGCAGUCAAACCAAUGAGAUGAUCGCCUCCCGCCCGCUUUGCUCAGAGCAUGGUCUGUUAGGAAUCAUUGUGCCCAUCCUUUUCAGCCUAAUAGUUGUGAUAGGAUUUGUGGGUAACAUCUUGGUAAUGAUCGUCAUUAUGAUAAACAAACAGAUGCGAAACACGACAACGCUACUUAUAUUUUUCCUGGCCGUCGCCGAUUUUGCCUUCAUCCUUUUCUGUGUGCCCUUAACUGGCUCAAUUUAUGUGAAUGGCUCCUUUCUCUUAGGCACCUGGGUAUGCAAAGUCUACACAUAUCUCACUUUCCUCACAGCCUUUCUCAGUGUAUAUACACUAGUGCUGAUGAGUUUGGACCGGUACCUGGCCGUUGUGCAUCCAAUUGAGAGCCUGAGCAUCCGAACCACGCGCAACACCUUGAUUGCGGUUUCGAGCACUUGGCUGAUUUUGAUCUUGGCUUGCCUACCCAUUCUACAGGAGUCAAAUAUUUCCCUGAUUUCCGAUGAGAAGACUAAUAGCCUACCGUGUCAUCAGCGAUUGUGCAUCAUCACGUACCUGGAUCAACCUAGUCUCUUCAACGACCUCUUCUUCAUAUUCGGCUAUCUAGUACCCUUCGGCGUGAUAAGUGUGCUUUAUGGUCUCCUCGUUAACCGGCUGCUUUGCGGAAGGACUGCUCGAAUGGCUCAGUCUUCAGAAGCACAACGCUCAAAAAAGCGUGUCACACGCAUGGUAGUGGUAGUGGUUUGUGUUUUCGGUGUCUGCUGGCUGCCAAUUCAAGUGAUAUUUAUGCUUCAAUUUCAUACAGAAAUCAUGCGACGCUACACAGACAUUGCAACACCAUUUCAGGUCAUAAGCAACUUUCUCGCAUAUGCCAACAGCAGCAUGAAUCCAGUCCUCUAUGCCUUCCUUUCUGAUAAUUUCCGGCGCGCUUUCGCCGGCCUGCUUUGUCUGCGCUGGUGGGAGUUGGCCAGUCAACUAACUGAUCGAGAACAGACUAUAAUAACUCGGGGCUCAUCAGCACCUCGACAUGGAAAAGCAAAAUCUUAUUUCAAAGAGCCUGAAUAUAGCAGUAUGGAGGCAAAUCGGCCAAAUGUUGAAAUGGAACUUCGUAAAUGGGAAUUCCAGUCAGCCGGUAACAAUAGAUCAAAGGGUCAAAGUAGCAAACAAGAAAGAAUUAAAAAGAACUUUAAAUUGCAAAAUAAAUGCAUUAGGCUGACUUGUGGAAGAAAACCUAGGUUAAAUAGAUUAGCUGCUGCAAGUUCAACGAAAGCCUCAAAUGCAAUGAACACUGAAAGAAAAGCAUCCAUUAUUUUAGAUGAUAUGAUGUUUGAAAGUCUUCAGGACUCAUGCUGUUCAACAGUAAAUAAUCCAGACCAAAUCAAAUCACCAACGCUGUUGCUGGAAACACAGAUUGAUGAGCAGUAA